AUGGCAAAGGCAGAGAAAAAUACUUCUGUACAAGGACACGCGAUACGGAGCGAGAACGGGAUGAGAAGAACAACUAGCAAAAAGAAACCGACGUUACUCGUGCCAUGGGAGUACGUUUUACGAAUAGGCCUACAAUGUGAAUGUCGGAGGCCCGUCAUUGGCCCCGAGCUUAUCAACAGAGAAAUCGAGGGUCCACCUGUCAUCUCUUCCGCAAAAUACACGAGAAAAUUUAGCAAGCCACACUUUCUGGGCGGUCUUCUUGGAUUGCGUAUGGUAGAGCGGAGUGAUUUAGAUCCUGGUGUCCGCUUCGCUCAAGUGAGAACUCUGCUACUAUCUUCAGCCCCAGGCUUGGAACACGAGCUUUUCAAAGUCAUGAGAUAUGACGAAACGCGGAAGGUUUGCGCCCGUGCCGGGCUUGAUUCGCUCAUUUCAAGCGAUGUGAAAGCUUUGUUGAAGACAAUAUCCGUUGCGGGGCGGACGGAAACGCAGCACAUUUUCCCGAUUGCCGUUGUGAAGACACAUGCACGCAUGGUCCGAUAUGAGCGAGGUCUCCCGGUUUCGGACUGUUCGGCUAAUAUAAUGAAUCCGACCUCUCGUUCGACUAGGAAAAAAGGGGAAAAUAGAACAGAACGUGAAACAAACGCAGCGAUUCGUUCUCGGCGCAGUCGAGCAAAGGUAUGCAUCCAGGGUGUUGAGCCUGAGGUCGCACACGAUGCCGACUAG